AUGAUUCAUGGUCGACCGAAAGGUGGUAUGGUGAGGGGUCCCAUAAAGAAAAAUGUUUUUAACAAUCAUACUUCAGAAGAUUUAUGGUUUAUUCAAAAACUCGACCAUUUCACACCUUCCGAUACACGUACUUGGAAACAGCGAUAUUUUAUUAAUAAAUCCUAUUUCAAAUCUGGCGGCCCAAUAUUUCUGAUGAUUGGUGGUGAAGGGGAAGCAGAUCCAGUUUGGAUGACACAUGGAGACUGGAUAGAAAAUGCCAAGAAAUACAAUGCAUUUUGUAUUCAAGUUGAACAUCGAUAUUAUGGAAAAAGUCAUCCUACAGAAGACAUGAGUACAGAAAAUUUAAAAUACUUAAGCAGCAUGCAAGCUUUAGCUGAUUUGGCUCACUUUCGUAAGUCCAUCACAAAUGAAUAUGGCUUCACUAAGAACAAAUGGAUUUCUUUUGGUGGAUCUUAUCCAGGAUCACUUUCUGCUUGGUUUCGUUUAAAAUACCCUCAUCUGGUAAAUGGUGCUGUGGCAUCCAGUGCUCCAGUCAAUUCUGUCUUAAAUUUUAAAGACUAUCUGAAUGUAGUCAAGUCUGCUUUGGACAUGGUGGGAGGCCCUCAGUGUAGCAAGAAAGUUAGUGAAGCUACUUUAACAGUGACGGAAUUGUUAAAAACAGACCUUGGUAGAAAGAAACUUCAGAAGAUGUUUAGCCUAUGUGAUUAUCCAGAUAUAACAAAUCGUCUAGAUAUGGCAAGCCUCUUCUCUGCUCUCUCUGGAAAUUUUGAAGGUGUUGUACAAUAUAACAAAGACAAUCGCAAAUUUGAGGGAGCAGUUGGCACCAAUAUAACUAUUGAUACACUUUGCAAUAUUAUGGUGCAUGAUACACAUCACAGCCCAAUUGAAAGAUAUGCCAAAAUUAAUCAAAUGCUACUAAACACUUACCAUCAAAAGUGUUUAGAUUUCAAAUAUGAUAAGAUGAUUAAAGAUUUAAAGAAUACUAGUUGGAAUGCCAGUUCUGCAGAGGGUGGUCGACAGUGGUUAUACCAAACAUGUACAGAAUUUGGAUAUUUUCAGACGUCUGAUUCAGAUACUCAACCUUUUGGGCAUAAUUUUCCUCUUGAUUUUUCAGUCCAAAUUUGUAUGGAUGCCUUUGGAAGAAAAUAUAAUGCCAGCUUCAUUAAACAAGGGAUUCAGUGGACGAAUUCAAAUUAUGGUGGUUUAAAGCUUUCUGAAAGUAAUAUUGUUCUACCAAAUGGUUCCAUUGAUCCUUGGCAUGCACUUGGAAUUCUGAAAAACUUAUCAAAAAAUACUAUUGCUAUCUUUAUCAAUGGAACUGCACAUUGUGCAAAUAUGUAUCCAUCAGACCCAAAUGACAAUCCAGAUUUGCUGUUGGCUCGGAUUGAGAUCUCUCAACUCAUUGGGAAAUGCGUUAUUUGUACCCUCGUCAUAAAGAUGGAAUCAGAUUUCGGUAAGACAAUGAUCAAUGAUAAAGAAAUGACCCCGCUAGAUCUUAAUGAUGAAGCACCAAAACUUGAAAUCAAGACUCCAUUGAAUUCUGAUAAUCCUAAACCUGAAGCAGUUGCCAUGAAAAAAUCUGUGGGAUUAGCAAGUGCUGUGGCCUUGAUUGUCGGCACCAUGAUUGGUUCUGGUAUCUUCAUCUCCCCUAAAGGUGUUUUGAUUGGAGCAGGAUCUGUGGCCUUCAGUUUAAUUGUAUGGUUUCUUUGUGGUUUGUUAGCCACCCUUGGUUCCUUAUGUUAUGCUGAGUUAGGGGCUGCAAUUCCAGUGUCUGGUGGGGAAUAUGCCUAUUUGAUGCAUACGUUUGCACACAUGCAUCCAACAUGGGGCCCUGUUCCUGCAUUUUUAUUUGCAUGGCUUGCCAUGUUUGUCAUUCGUCCAGGGAUGGUGUCAAUCAUGAUGAUGAGUCUUGGGACAUAUGUAUCCAAACCUUUCUAUGGCCAUUGUGAACCACCGGAAUAUGUGAUCAAACUCAUUACUAUUACUGCAUUAAUCUUCAUUUCCUUCAUCAACUGUUUCAGUGUAAAAUUUGCUACUAAGCUGCAGAAUAUUAUGACAAUUACAAAAAUCAUUGCCAUUUUCAUUAUUACUGUGGGCGGAUUUUACUUUAUGGCUAUUGGUAAAUUGGAUUUCAUUUCGGAAGGAUUUGAAGAUACAGCCCAGGACCCUUCAGCUAUUGCUUUGGGAUUUUAUAAUGGUCUUUGGGCUUAUGAUGGUUGGAAUAACUUAAAUUUUGUGACUGAAGAGUUAAAAAAUCCACACAAAAAUUUACCUCUUGCCAUAAUCAUUGGAAUUCCCACUGUUACAUUCUGUUAUAUUUUGGUCAAUGUUGGUUAUUUUACUGUCAUGUCAAAAGAGGAAAUCCUUCUCUCAGAUGCUGUUGCUGUGGUUUGGGGACAGAAGCUGCUUGGUGUGAUGGCAUGGGUGAUGCCAGUUUUUGUUGUCCUGUCAUGUUUUGGAGCAGCAAAUGGUAGUUUGUUCUCAAGUGGCAGAUUAAAUUUUGUGGUUGCAAGAAAUGGACAUUUAAUGAAAGCUUUCUCUUUUAUUCAUACUGAACGAUACACGCCAGUUCCGUCAAUUAUAUUCACAACUUUUGUUGGAAUUUUAUUGAUCUUGAUCUUUAACCUUGGGACACUCAUCCAGUUCUUUAGUUUCACUGCCUGGAUAUUCCAUGGUUUAACAUGUGCCUGUGUUUUGGUGCUGCGUCGGACACAGAAAGAUUUGAAACGCCCUUACAAGGUUCCUUUAUUCAUUCCUGUUCUUGUCAUCUUUGGUGCCAUUUACCUUGUAGUGACACCAAUCAUUCUUGACCCACGCAUCGAGUUCUUCUAUGCAUUUAUGUUUGUUGUUAGUGGUCUUGUGGUUUAUUUCCCAUUUAUCCAUUUUAAACUGAAGAUGCCAUAUGUUGAUAAAUUUACACGGACUCUCCAGCUGUUAUUAAAGAUUACAUAUCCUCACAGCAACUGA